UUUUGGCAUUCUGUUUUUAUUUAUUUUUCUCUAAAUUUCUAAUUCUUGUUAUCUUUUUUUCUCUGACCGUCUGCUGUUCUCUUUAUUUUUCUUUAUAUUUCGUCGUUUUUAAUAAUUUUUUAAAAUUUUCUAUUCUUCAAAUUUUUAAAAAUUUUCUUCUUUAAGAAUGCCUAAAAAGAACAAAUUUCAACAAGAUAAAAUAAAAACUGAAGAGAAAAAUGAGGAGGAAAAGAAGGAUGAACAAAAGAAGUCGUUAAAGUUACCUCCUGGAAAAGACGAAAAAUGGUGGGAUAUAAGCACGUUUGGACCUGAAGAUAAUCCACAUGGGAUGGUUUGUGAAUCUUCUUUUGCAACUCUAUUUCCGAGAUAUCGAGAAAAAUAUAUUAGAGAGGUUUGGCCCUUAGUCUCAAAACUUUUAUCUGAACACCAACUCAAAGGCGAUUUGGAUUUAUUAGAAGGCACAAUGAUUGUCAAAACAACACGUAAAACUUGGGAUCCUUUUGUUUUGUAUAAAGCUCGAGAUUUGAUUAAAUUACUUGCUAGAAGUGUUCCUUUUGAACAGGCUCGCCGUGUUCUCGAAGACCAAAUAUUUUGUGACAUUAUUAAAAUUUCCUCAAUGGUUCAAAACCGUGAAAGAUUUGUAAAACGCAGAGCUCGGUUAGUUGGACAAAAUGGGGCAACACUUAAAGCAGGGCUCUCAUCGACAAAAUGCCACUCAAAAGUAUCAAAAUCUUGA